AUGAUUGAAAGGAUUACUGAAUGUCAACCUUCUACUUCUACAACUGCUUGUCCCAAAUGUCCCGACUCAACCCUUCAAUCACUUUCUUUCUCAGUUAAUGAAACAGCAGUAACCUUGCCUAUGUCCUUACCUACACAAACGAACAUAACGUCAUCGUCUAAAUUGGAGACUGCUGAAUCUAGACAGUUGGAACUGUCACCUUUAUCUGUUGAAAAUAAAAAUAUUUUGGUGAUGUCGUCUAAUACGAAUAGAUAUUUUGACAUUGGAUCAAUCAACUUUAAUAUUGAUAUAGACAUUAAAAAAUCACAUGAAAAACUACCUGCUACUUUUCCUGAGGACUCCCAAGGAUUUUCAAUGCCAACCACCAUUUUUAAGAAAAAACUAGCAAAUGGAGAAUGUGUAGAUAGAGACUGGUUAGUUUGGAGUAAGGAAAGAGCGGCUUUGUUCUGUUUGCCAUGUAAAAUAUUCAGCCCACAUAUGACUAAGCUUUCAAUUCUGGCUUCGGAAGAGGGUUGGUCUGCAACAGGUAAUUGGAGGAAACUUCAUGCAAGAAUUCCUGAACACGAGAAAAGUGAAUCUCACAAGUCGUGUUAUUUCCAUUGGAAAACAGAACAACUUAAGCACCAAAAAGAAAAAUCUUUAAGUGACCUCAUGGCCAAAACUAUCAAACAUGAACAAGAAGUGUUGCGUGGCCUUCUUCGACGACUCUUUGAUGUAACAUUGUUUCUUGCUGAAAGAGGGUUAGCAUUCCGAGGUGAUAGUGACAGAAUCGGUGAUUACAAUAAUGGAAACUUUCUUGGCAUCCUUGAACUAUUAGCGAAAUAUGAUCCUCUUUUGAAUGAACAUAUGCGAAGUGUGCGUCAUUCCCAAGAGACUAAAAAGAAACUUCAAGUCACUUAUUUAUCAUCGCAAAUUCAAAAUGAGUUUAUUGAUAUUUGUGGUUCUAUUGUUCGGGAUCACAUUUUAAAAGAACGUGGUGAGGCGAAAUAUUUUUCACUUAUAGUCGACGCUACUCCAGACUCUGCUCACAUUGAACAAACCGCAUUUUUGAUUCGUUAUGUUCACCGAACCAACGGAGAUAAUAGCGCUGAUGAAUCAAAACUGGCUGACUCGUAUAAAGUUCAUGAACGUUUGUUAGCUUUUGUGGACUGUUCUAAAAAAACUGGAGAAGCCAUUUAUGAUCUUAUCAGGACUACACUUAAACAAUAUAACAUACCUUUGUCUGACUGUAGGGGUCAGGGAUACGACAAUGGCAGCAACAUGCGAGGAGCGUAUAAGGGUGUGCAGGCGAGAAUUCUAGAGGAUAACAACUUUGCUGUAUACAGUGCGUGUGCGUGCCAUUCACUAAAUCUUUGUGGAGAACAGGCUGCAUCAAGUUGCCGUGAAGCAGAUACAUUUUUCGGAGUUGUGCAAAAAUUGUACAAUUUAAUGAGUUCUAGUCCUCAAAGAUGGGAGAUUCUCCAAAAGAAAAUUGGAUGCUCCCUACAUUCAACUUCACAAACCCGCUGGUCUGCAAGAGUGGAAAGUGUAAAGCCAGUAGCAGCUCAUCUCCCAGGAUUGGUUGAAGCUUUGGAUGAUGUUUUACUCCUCAACUUAUCAGCGGAAUGUCGAAGGGAUGUGAAAGGACUUAAAACAUAUUUACAAUCUUUUGACUGUUUGAUUUUGGCGUCCAUUUGGUUUAAAAUCCUGAAAACAAUUGAUCUCGUGAACAGAGUAAUUCAAGCACGCGGAGAAACUAUUGACAUAGUCAGUAAAAACUUACAGAAUCUAGUGAAUGAACUUCAAAGUAUAAGGAAUGAAAGCUGGGAAAAAAUCUGGAGUGAAACUACAAUCGUUGCUGAAAACAUUGGUUGGUCAGACAAAUUAAUUGAUCAAUCAAAGAGGGUGAAAAAACGAAAGAGAAUGGUCGAUGAGGAAGGCAUAGAAGAAUACACAUCAGAAACAAUUAUUCCACAGUUGCUUUUCAAAAGAAAUGUAUUUUAUGUCAUUUUGGAUGAAGUAAUUGCAGAUAUAAACAAACGAUUUGAAUCAUUGAAAACACUUAUUGAUAUUUUCUCAGUUCUUUGGGAGUUUAAAGAUAUGACAGAAAGUGAAAUAAAAUUAAAAUCUAGAAAUCUGGUUUUGAAGUAUAAUGAUGAUUUACAAGAAGAUUUAGUAGAUGAGCUACAAAGUCUUAAAAUAGUUUAUGCUACUAACUUUGGACAUAAACAACUAAACCCUUUAGAACUGCUGAAUCAUUUGCACAAAACUAAUCUUGCAAACAUGUUCCCUAAUUUAUGUAUUGCAUUACGAAUCUUUUUGACGAUUCCCGCAACUGUUGCGAGUGCGGAACGAUCUUUCUCGACAUUGAAGAGAGUGAAGAAUGUACUACGAUCAACAAUGACACAACAGAGACUCUCAAGCUUAGGUGUUUUAGCAGUGGAGGCUCAACUUGCAAAGACGAUUGACAUGGAUGAGGCAAUUGAUGACUUCGCA